GCGAGGCGAGGAACAUCUCCGCGGCGGACUGAACCUUCGCCGUGUUCAGGCUAGCGGGGCUGCGGAGUGGGUCUGUGCGCAAAACUCUCCAGUCUGAUUCCUUUAAUUAAACGUCUGACCUCUCUAAUUAAACGUCUUAUUCCUUUAACUAAACGAGCCUAAUAGUGCUGCCCGGUUAGACCAUCUCUAUCUUCGGCUCGCCUCUCUUGUCGCACUGUUGUUGUUCCCGGACUGGGCCAGUUGAACAUCUAAAGGGACUGUACUGGGAGUUGGACUGGACCAGGAAGAAUCUCCUCUGUCGGACCGGGGAGAGACUGGUCUGGAGGCUGGUCUGGAGACUGGACUUUCUCCACCAGGCAGUGGGGGAUUAUAAUGUCAAGACGAAAACAGACCAACCCUUUCAAAGUGAACUGUAGGUAUCCCAGGGCCGUUUCACACGACUGGCUUCUCUGGCCCACAGCACACGUCGGAGAUGGAUACUAGCGAUGACUUUGGGGAAACCCUCGAAUGCCACAGCGGCAGCUCCCGAGAACCGGAAGAGCACGACAGCAUAACUGAUGACAGCGACAGCGAUUUGGAUAAGGAGAACUCCUCCGGCUCCUCCGCCGAUGACAACGUGUCCAGCAGUAAGGGCAGCCGCUGCUUGGCUCACGGCGGAGACAUCAAGGAGGAGAACGAGGGGGGGACAGACCUGGGGAGCAAUUUUGUAUGUCCCCUCUGCGGCCUGGAGUUCAGCAAGCCAGAGAGGCUGAUUGCCCACGUCUACCAGCACACUUCGGCUGUGGGCAGCAGUAAGAGUUACGUGUGUCCAGUGUGUGGACGUGCGCUCAGUUCACCCGGCUCCCUCGGGCGCCACCUCCUCAUUCACUCUGACGACCGACUCUCCAACUGUGCGGUGUGUGGCGCUCGCUUCACCGACACCAACAACUUCAACAGGGAAAAGCUGAAGGAGUUCCUCGGUCCUGUCGGCGUGGAGAACAGCAGUGGAGACCAGGUGUGCUCCAUGGGGCAGCCUCUGUCCGUUGGCCCCAGCCCUGGCCCCGCGCUGCCCCCGCUCCCAGACAGCCUCCUCUCCUCUGGGCCCUCCCUGCCCUCCCUCCCUGACGCCCUCAGCCCAUCACCCAGCCUGCCGCCGUUGCCCGACCUCCUCAGCCCCAUGCCCGUGUACCCGGCCGGGGUGCUGCUUGUGUGCAACAGUUGCGUGGCCUACCAGCAGCUGGUGGGCGGGCAGUCGCCCUCCGUGCGCAAGUGGGCCGCACGGCGCAAGAACGAGCCCGUGGAGGCGCGGCUGCAGCGCCUGGAGCGCGAGCGCGUGGCUAAGAAGAGCAAGCGCGCAUGCGAGACGCCGGAGGAGCGAGAGCUCCGCCGGCUGCGCGACCGCGAGGCCAAGCGCAUGCAGCGGCUGCAGGAGACAGAGGAGCAGCGGGCGCGGAGGCUCCAGCGCGAUCGGGAGGCCAUGCGUCUCAAACGUGCCAACGAGACGCCUGAGAGGCGCCAGGCACGGCUGGUGCGCGAGAGGGAGGCCAAGCGGCUCAAGAGGCGGCUGGAGAAGAUUGACCCGUCGCUACGCACGCAGAUCGAGCACGAUCCCGCCGCCAUGGCCGCCCUCACGGCCGACAUGAACCUCUUCCAGUUCCCCUUUACCAUGCCCGUCUCCUCCAUGGACAACGGGUUGUUCAUGAAGCUACCCUAAACGGACAAACACUCGCUCGUACGCGUGUGCGCGUAUACACACACACACACACACACACACACACACACGCGAGCAUGCAGGCAUGGAGUUACAGGUUUCUUAAGACUUCCAUUUGAGAGCUCUGGUUGCAACCUGUACAGGCGGGAAACCAUUCCAAAUGUGCAACUGCUUCAGAAACCUAUUUUACAAAAGGUUUCCAAGACACAAACUCUCCACAUUUAUACAGCAAAUUAAAAAGUUAACAGCAGGGUGAAGAAUAACGUAUCCCUCUGCUUUAUGAACAAGAAUGUCGUAUGCGGAUUUGUCUUGCUGCAUUUUCAGGGCCUACAUACUUCAGAUCUAGCACUCAGAGUAGUACAGCACUUCCAUAAAGGAGGGUCUCUAUUUGCACAAGGACCUACAGUGAGGGGAGGGAGACACGUAGCCACACCCACAGCCCGCUGAUGCAAUCUGUCAGUCCGCUGGCUAGAGUUUACCCGUAGCUACACCUCCCUCUCCGUGCCAGAGCCGGUCACUGGCUAGCUUAAAACCACGGACUCAACUACCUCAGCACAGGCCAAUUCGGUUCCCAGCCUCAUCUAUGGCUUCUGCCUGGACUGCAGGGGUUAUAUAGGCCAGCACACAGACUAUACAUCCAUUAUGCCAAUACGCACUUAAACAGACUCUCCGUGUUACUGUUGCUCUGCUAAUCCCCCAACGCCUGUCUAAACAGGCAUCAUUCACCUGAGGUGUCAUUCAUCAACAAUGCUCUCAAUUUGUUACCAUAUUGUCCUCUCCUGAAAAGCUCUGAUAUUUGACACACAGUACUGCUGUAAAACUCAAGAGGAAACCAGUGGGUCAGAACAGAACCCGUCUGGCUCGUGUUCCUCUCGGCAGUAUCGGACCUUCUGAAGGCUCCGUGCCGGCUUACGGAACACACCCCUCUCUCCCAGGCGGUCGGGGACAGCGAGUGCCACCGUCAGCCCGCUCCCUGACCUAGGAACCGACAGAAGUCAUCCUCCUUCAUGCUGUUUGCUAACUACGAUCUCUUAAUGGUCACAUUGACCUACUCCUUCACUCAGUUUUGCACAUCGUUCACACUGCACACUCCUCAGCCGAACCAGGACUGUGGUCCGCCAGUGCUUGGUCAGUCACGACUGACUCCCCCUCUCCUACUUUGCUGUGGUCACUGUACUGUAUGUUUAUUACCUCUCUUGUUCUAGUGGGGCCCUGCACCUCAGUAUGCUUACCUUUGCAGUCAAGGCAUGUACAAAUGGAAAAAAAGGUUGCCUUUGUCACUGGACAGUUGUUUUGUGUAUAGAGUCAGGUAUAUCAUUCUUAGUUUUGGUAUGACUAUUGUGUAAAUUAGUUUGCAUGAAAGAUGAAAUAAUCCAAUUGAAUGCAGACAGGAUGAGUGAUAAAUCUUUCUUAUCUGAAGAAUUGAGCAUUCAUAAUUCAUAAGCAAUUUACUGGAAAUUGUAGAUGCUGUAGAUUAUGAUUGUAUGAUGUAUAUUCAAGUAGUUAAAUAUAAAUAUUUAUUAUAUAACAUUUACACUAGUUCAGAUGUAGACCUGAGUUCACAGAGCUUCACUUAGGGCAAACAGUGUUACAGCACCCAUGCCACACUGCCUAUUACACACAGUGAGUACCUCUCGAAAACAGGGUAAGCUAUUAUAUUUUACUUUACUGGUAUGCUUUGUUUAUUUCAUUCCAUUUAUUCAUUUCAGUUAUUUAUUGCUGAAAUAACUGACAUGCCACUCAACACUGAGAUUCAACAAAGACUUCUGUGACAACUUUUGUUCCACAUACUCGAUAAUACCUCUUCGUCGUUACACAGGUUAAAUCUGUGGGAGUGAAAGGACUAUGUAAUGUGCAUACCGUAUAAAGGUUUCUUGUCUGAGCCAUUCCCAGGGGUUGCUCAGGUGGGGAGACCAAGGUUUUGAAGAUGGGGCAGUGUCGUUCCAAAUACAGCUCUCAUGAGUGGCUCAAAUCACUAUGCAAAGAUCUGUACUCAAAAACUGUAUCGGACACUUUGUAUUAAUACUAUGCAGAUGAUGGAAAAGGACUUAAAUGCAGCACAUUACACAACUCAGGCAAUUCUGGAGCACCAGGGUCAGCAUUCGCAAAGCACUGCAGACUACAGUUGCUGAUCCUGAAGCUUUUUGGAGCCGAGGUCAUGGUAGACAAGAGAAGCUUCUCCUCCUUACUCAGCACUCCUAGUCUGCGAUGUGUACUGGCCCGGGGCUUGUGGCACUCGGCUCCUGGAGUAUGACUGAAUAAACUGAUGUAUCGAUACUCCAGGGAAUGUAGCCAUCAUUGCCAUAGUUUACGUCAUAAAGGCGGAGCUUGAUUUUAGGAUUGUGACCCCCAGAUGAUGGGUAUUGCAGUUCCCAUUAUACAGCGUGGCUCUACUGUUUAGAGAGUUUGGCUGCGCAGGACUGAUCUUCACAAAUCUCAGAGUUGAGGGUUUAACUAGGUCGAGAUUCCUCCCCAUCUCAUAGAGAUCUUGGUCACAAAACCGGUCUGAAGUCAGGACUACCCCCACUCGUCUGAACUUUGUGAAUAGCAGCUCUAUGUACUUUCUAAAGAAAACUCAUUUUUAAGCAUUUAAAAAUGCAUUUUUAAAUAUUGAGUUACUUAGUCAUAAAGCCAUGUUGACACCUUAUGCAUUAAAAAGGGAAGAUGUAUUGAUAGUUGAUUUCCACUUCAGAAUAGCUUUUUGAAGCCUAAUCUGGUGUCUGGGGCUAUUUUAGUUCAGUUUUGCAUGUUGUACGCUACAUGUCCUAGAUAUUUUAUGAGCUUGCGUUCAGUUAUUGUAUGCCUGCUUAGUUCUGUUCUAACUAAUCUAAGGAGAGGGACCUAUUGACAAAUUACCUUUUUGUUAGUCUAUCAGGGUACUGGCUUGAUGAUCAAUGUUUACAGAUGUCAGUAAAGGCCAAAUGACAGAAGGAACAGAAGUGAAACAGAGAACACCGCACACAUUUUGUCACACUUCCGAAUGCCCCUUUCGGAAAGCCAUUCUUUGUUACAGAAAUAUGUCUAAAGAUUGCUCUGAAAUCAGGAACAGAAUGUUGGAAUAAACAUGGACCUGAC